AUAUUAACAAAACCUUAAAAAAAAAAAAAAAAAACUCCAAACGAGAAAAUGGCUUCAAUAAAUUCGAGUACUCUGCCUCUAGCAUGUAACUACGCCGUCUCCAAAGUGGUUGGGGACUCAAAACGACCAUAUUUGGGGGUACCCAAAAGAAUGCCCAUAAUUAAGGCACAAUCCCAAAAUUCAAUGGUUGAGCUAGAGGAAGUCGAUAAACUUAGAAGGGCUUCCCUUUUUGGUUUGGGUGCUGCCCUUGUGGCUACUCCCUUCUCUUCCCCUGCUUUUGCUGAUAUUUUAGGAACAAAGAACUUAAUAAUGGACAAUGCAUUAGUGAGACCUGUCAUUAAAGUGGCCGGCAUUUCUGGGAGCCUUGCUAAGAGAUCUAGAAACAGAUGGCUCAUCCAAGCAGCAUCGGAGAUAUGCGCGGAAUAUGUGCCGGGCAUGCAGGUCGAAGACCUUGAUAUUUCGGGAUUACCAUUAAUCAAUCCAGAUCUCAUUGUUAAUGGAAAAUUUCCUCCCGAAGUUGAAGAAGUUCGCCAGAAGAUUCUCGCAUCUGAUAGUCUUCUCUUUGCUACUACUGAGUACAAUUACUCUGUUACUCCGCUUAUGAAGAAUAUAAUAGACUGGGGAUCAAUGCAGCCAAACGUAUUUGACGAAAAGCCAGCAGCAAUAAUAAGUUGCGGAUACGAGUUUGGUGGAGGAUUAGCUCAGUUUAACUUAAGACAAAUUGGAGUCCGUAUCAAUAUGCACUUCCUCAACACACCAAACUUAUACGUAAGACUUGGUGACCCUCCUCCUAAGUUUGAUCCGGAUGGUAAUUUGAUUGAUGAAGAGGCCAGAGAAACUAUUAAACAAAUUCUUAUUGCUUUAAAGAAGUUCACUCAGAGACUUGAUGGUUCUAAAUGCGGCCCCAUCGUCCCUUCCCCUCUCCCUCUCCCUGCACCUGCACCUGCACCUGCACCUAAUUAAAACUGCCUUUGCUUGCAGCUUCCUAGCUGGUAAUAUUUGUUGGAAAUAAUUAAUACCAUACUGUGUGUAUCAAUAAAUGUUUACUCUUUCCAUCUA